AUGGCGACCACGAACCCGUCUCAGCUGCUGCCGCUCGAGCUGGUGGACAAAUGCAUCGGUUCCAGGAUUCACAUCGUGAUGAAAACGGACAAAGAGAUCGUCGGGACCCUGUUGGGGUUCGAUGAUUUUGUCAACAUGGUGCUGGAGGAUGUGACGGAAUUUGAGAUCACACCAGAGGGACGCAGAAUAACAAAACUCGACCAGAUCCUCCUGAAUGGAAACAACAUCACCAUGCUCAUUCCUGGAGGAGAAGGGCCUGAAGUCUGA